AUGGGCGCAAGCGCAUCACUAUCCUUCUGUAGUGACCCAUCGUCAGUACGAAUCCUGAGGCCCAGACAAAAGGUCAGCCCAGAGCAUAUUGCUCCUGACUUGGUUCCGCAGUCUGUCCUUCCAGUCAGGUGUGUAUUUGGUGUUGCCUUGGAAACCCUCUGCAAGGAUGGGCAGAUGGUCUGUGGAAUACCUCUUGUGUUAAGAGACUUGGUGGAGUUCCUGGAUAAGAAAGGACUGCAUUACAGAGGUCUCUUUCGCUUGUGUGGGUCUGUGGUGAGGACCAGGCAGUUGAGGCAGAGGUGGGAUCAAGGAGAGAGGGUGAACCUGGAGCAUGAAGGGGAUGUCCCCACUGUGGGCUCGCUCCUCAAACUUUUCUUCCGGGAGCUGCCAGUUCCCAUAGUUCCCGAGCCUCAUCGCAAACAGCUGGUUUUAAGCCUUACAGGGUAUGCAGAUGAGCCAGAGCUGAACCAGAGACUGAGAGAAAAUCUUUGCGACCUCCCUGUUUCCAGCCUCAAUGUUUUGUCUUACCUCAUCCACUUUCUGUCCAGAGUGGCCACUCACAGCCAAGUAAAUCAGAUGCCUGUGGAAAAUCUGGCUACCAUCUUUGGGCCGUGCAUAUUUCAUGUUCCAGCAGGGCCCAGGAUGCUGGAGGAACAGAGUGUUUGCAAUGCCUUGUUACUCUACCUUCUGAAGCAUCAGGCAGUUCUUCUUCCAGGCAAAGCACAGGCCUGUGCUGCCUCAUCUGAUGCUUCAUCAUCUCCGCCCCCUCCUAUUCUCUCUGCUUUUUCACAUUUUGAGGAUCAAUCCAACAGUUGUUGCUCAGAGAGGUGCAGCAUGGGGAGGUUAGAUGAAGAAAUGAGCCGAAUCUCCAGGACCAGUGAUUUUGAACAAACAGCAUGGAAAUCAUCUGAAGUCAACAGCGACAACAACCAUGGAUCAACAGUCCGUCACAAUCCUGACACGGUGGGGCAGCGUUGUGAAAUCAGCCCUGACGUCAGCACUGACAUUCAGACAUUGAUUACAAGCCAGGAGUCUCUGGAGGAGAGCAGUGAAAGCAGGGAGGCGGGCCAUGUGCUCUGCUGCCCCACUGACCAAGGGCCAGCGCAAUGGCCAAUGAGUCGAGCCUCUCAGACUGCCCCGGAGAAGAUGCUUGAGACCACUGCACAGACGUGUCAGCUCUUCAGCACAUCAAAGGAAAAAAAGGAACAAGAAGCAGAGCAGGCAACUUCUAAUGCAGGGCAAAAUCCAUCUUCAUCAAAUGAAUCACCAAGCAACCCCCAAACACAGGGUCAGCACACAGAGAGCUGUCUGUGUUCCUUCAAGUACAAAACAGAAGAUAAAGUCACAGUGUGUCAGUGGAAGAGAGGCAAAGGAGGAGGAGGAUGCCGUUCUCCUGAUAGACACGAUGAUUGCAGAGGCAGGAGCAGCUGUGACAGCCCCUCCCUCAAGCUGCAAGCCCUUGAGGUUGAGUCGGGACUUUCGCCAGAACCAGGAGACCCCCAAGCUCAGGGUGGUCUGCCCUCUCAGCAACAACCGCUUUCUUCUGAAGCACAGAGCCACACGCCACAUUCAUCACCAUUUCAGGAACAGCACACCGACGGCUCAUUACCACCUGUACACAUCGUACCUUCAUAUUUAUCAAAGUUCAGCCCUGUCGCCUCCACUGCCUCUCAUUCUGAUGGAUUUUUAGGAGAAGAUAACUCGCCUAGCCCACCAGCGUCAAACGCCAGCCCCCUCCUUUCUCAUUUUAUUACAAGUGACUGCCCCAUUCCCUCUCCGCGUUGCCCCAGCCUCAGCCACAGCCAACGCUACAACGCAGACCCCGAAGCAGCUCCGUCGCCACCGUGCUCACAGCACAUCCGCAUGGCUCGCUGCAGUUUCCAAACACAGCAAGACGAAGGUUCUGUGUCCAUCUUGAUGCUCAACAGACAUAUUCACACUCUUAGGAAGAGAAUCAGGCGAUUUGAGGAGCAUUUUGAACAGGAGAGGCACUACAAGCCAGCCCACAAUGACAAGACGGCACAUCCAGAAGUGGCCAAACUGAUGAAGGAGCUCAUCAAGAGUCGCAGGCAGCUUAAAGAGAUUAAGCUGAGAGACUCAGAGGACUCUGGACCGACGGGACCCAGGGGCUUCAGCCCCAGAGCUGAAACAUGCAGGACCAACAUAGACCAGAGAGAAGCAGCACCAACGGGAACUGAGCUGCAGCAGCUUAACAACAACAGCAACACCAGAGCAGAUGUUCAAGAAACAGUAAACAUGAUAGCCAACAGGCUGAAGGAAAGACGGCGAGAGCUGGGCCUGCCCAACAGCAUUAAGGAGAUGUCCCAUGUCCAGAUGAGUAUGGAGAAGACCUGCAUGCAGAAAUGUUUGCUGUAUUACGAGGGUCUGCACGGACGUCCGAGUACCAGGCAGGAGCGCAUACUGAUGAAGCCUUUCUACGAUCGGUACCGUCUCCUCAAGCACCUGCUUGCUUCUGCUUCCACAGCUGCUAUUACUACCAUAGAGGAAGAGGAGGGAUCUGAUGAAGAGGAUUCCAAACAGCUAAGCCCCAGGCAGCAGCCACUUUGGUUGACACCGUCCAGGCGCGUGUUCUUAGAGGAGUGGCAGGGUCUGCCUUCUCCGGAAACACCCGAAACACCUCUCGUGUCUCCUUUGGAAGAGCUGAGUUUCCAGCCGCAGACCAUCACCAUGGCAACUCUACACGAAGCGUCAAGGCCAGAGUUACUGGAUCAUCUCAGGAUGGUUCGAUUAGAGAAGCGGAGACUUCACCAAGUACUCCGAGAGUUUGAGGACUACUUCUACACACAAACUGGCAGGGCUUGUCAGAAGGAGGACCGUGGGCCAAUGGCAGAAGAGUACUGCCAGUACAAGAGCCUCAAAGCAAAGCUUCGUCUACUGGAGGCCCUGCUCAGUAAACAGGACUCAACCAAGACAAGUUGA